AUGGAGACAACCGCCGACUCCCUCCACCGGCAGCUCCGACUGACCACGCCCAAGAUCACGAGUCUCAUCCAGAACGUCCACCGUGAGAUCUCAUGUCUUGACUCAUUCUCCGAGAUCCGCCAACGUUUCACCCACACCGGCUUUGUGCGCCUUUCCGACCUGGACCGCUACCUCGUUCAGGCCGUCCUCCUCACCCCCAGCCCCUACAUUGACGUGUCCAAAGACAACGAACAAGAGAUUGAUGAGAUCAGCCGUCUCUUGUUUCUCAGGUGGUCAUGGGCGGAUGCGGUUCUCCGCCAUGUCCUGGCCCAAUUGCUUCAUCCGGGAUGCGUCGUCGCCGAUACUGGAAAAGUUGAUGAACUUUCUGAAGAACUCAGCGUACGCCAUGAUGGGAUGUUCCCUGGUGAUAUACGAGAGAGGAGAGUGGAAAAGAUGAUCUCUGAUGAGCUGAACGGAGACUUCUUUGAAAGAAUGAGGACAGAUCCAUGGAAACUCGGUCGAGAGUUGGCCGACAUUGCUGUCGCUCCGCAUCCGGACGAUAUUCCGAUUUGGAGGCUGACUGGGUUCUACGAGGACGAGGGGUGGAGUGAAUCCUUCUCCGUCGUCCCAUCCGAAACAUCUUCAGAAGAAUCGCGUACAGAGUCACCCAAAAAUGGCCAAACUGAGCUGGAAAGGGACCUUCGCGCUGUUUUUGAUGCUUCGGACGUUUGGGACGAGGCCCUUUGGGGUGUUGACCAAGAGCCAGGCACUAAAAGAGACUUUGCGUACUUGGAAAGUCUGGAAAUGUUCAACAACCACUGGAUACGCAAGACACAAAAGGUGGCAGCGCCUGCAAGGAAUCUGUGGGAUUCCGACAACGAGUUUCUGCAGCGAAGACAUACCCAAGGCUCUCUAGAGGUAUGUAUGGACACUUUUUCGUUGGAUAUGAACUCCCUGGACUUUGCCAUCCGUCCGACUGCCAAGCAGCUGUCGAAGAAAGUGAAAGCUCGGAAGAGGGCACGAAACGAGAGAAAAGGUACCAACCGGAACACUACAAGUGGAAUCACCGGGGUGGCAACCUCGUAUUUAAUCGGCGCAAGCUGGAGGACACGGAUUUGUGUCAGAACUUGGACAAGGCCUGGUCAGAUUGGGUAUGCCACUUUGCCACCUCAUCUCCAUUAA